AGAGAGAGAGAGAGAGAGAGGCAGCGAGAGAGAGAGAGAGAGAGGCAGCGAGAGAGAGAGAGAGAGAGAGAGAGAGAGAGAGAGCGAGAGAGAGAGAGAGAGGCAGCGAGAGAGAGAGAGAGAGAGAGAGAGAGAGGCAGCGAGAGAGAGAGAGAGGCAGAGAGAGAGAGAGAGAGAGAGAGAGAGAGAGAGAGAGAGAGUCAGCGAGAGAGAGAGAGAGAGAGAGAGAGAGCAGCGAGAGAGAGAGGAGAGAGAGGCAGCGAGAGAGAGAGAGAGAGAGAGAGAGAGAGAGAGAGAGAGAGAGAGAGAGAGAGAGAGGCAGCGAGAGAGAGGCAGCGAGAGAGAGAGAGAGCAGAGAGAGAGAGGCAGCGAGAGAGAGAGAGAGAGAGAGGCAGCGAGAGAGAGAGAGAGAGAGAGAGAGAGAGAGAGAGAGAGAGAGAGAGAGAGAGCAGCGAGAGAGAGAGAGAGAGAGAGAGAGAGAGAGAGAGAGAGAGGCAGAGAGAGAGAGAGAGAGAGAGAGAGAGAGAGAGAGAGAGAGAGAGAGAGAGAGAGAGAGAGAGGCAGCGAGAGAGAGAGAGAGAGAGCAGCGAGAGAGAGAGAGAGAGGAGAGAGAGAGAGAGAGAGAGAGAGAGAGAGAGGCAGCGAGAGAGAGAGAGAGAGAGAGAGCGAGAGAGAGAGAGAGAGAGAGAGAGAGGCAGAGAGAGAGAGAGAGAGAGGCAGCGAGAGAGAGAGAGAGAGAGAGAGAGAGAGAGAGAGAGAGAGAGAGAGAGGCAGCGAGAGAGAGAGAGAGAGAGAGAGCAGCGAGAGAGAGAGAGAGAGAGAGGCAGCGAGAGAGAGAGAGGCAGAGAGAGAGAGAGGCAGCGAGAGAGAGAGAGAGAGGCAGCGAGAGAGAGAGAGAGAGAGAGAGAGAGAGAGAGGCAGCGAGAGAGAGAGCAGAGAGAGAGG